GUGACUAAUCCUACAUUUGUUGCAACUCUUCGGCCCAGCGAUCCGUGUGGACAAUUUGCUUGUCUUCUCCGCGCGUGCCUCAUCUUUUAUCCCAGGCCCCGGGCCGAUUCUGUACUCAUAAUGACGAUAUAGUCCUUCCUUUAGCUCUUUCCCCAAUGUCAGGAGUCAUCAGAGAUUGUUCCUCUCGUUCACCAUGGCCGAGGCCGCAUUCAAGCAAAUGAUGGCAACAGCUUUGCGGCAGACGAGGCCACAAUCCUUUCGCCACACCAAACCGCUUCGAUAUCCCCAACGUUCCUUGUCCACCGCAGCGGCCGCCCAACCUCAAUCAGCUGAAUCCGAGACUCCCCAAUGGCAAGCGCAUACUGUGCAGCCGGUCUUGCAAUCUCGACCUGAGCGGCGCCGAUUAGACAAACUGCGAGAGGAACACGAACCACGUCCCUUCUCUUCCUUCUUGACGGACAACUAUUCCCGGGAGCACAAUUACCUGCGUAUUUCUGUCACCGAACGAUGCAAUUUACGUUGCCUAUAUUGUAUGCCCGAAGAGGGCGUGCAACUGUCGCCAUCGGCGCAGUUGUUGACAACACCAGAAAUUGUCUAUCUUGCUGAGUUGUUCGUCAAUCAGGGCGUCGACAAAAUUCGGUUGACAGGCGGCGAACCUACUGUACGAAAAGACAUUGUGGGUUUGAUGCAGCAGAUCGGUAACCUGAGGAGAAACGGCCUUAAAGAGUUGUGUAUCACCACAAAUGGAAUAUCUCUUCAUCGCAAGCUUGAUUCCAUGGUCGAGUCCGGCUUGACUGGUGUUAAUUUGAGCUUGGAUACCCUCGAUCCUUACCAGUUUACCAUAAUGACCCGCAGGAAUGGACACGAUGCUGUUAUGAAAUCAAUCAACCGCAUUCUGGAGAUGAAUAAGUUGGGCGCCAAAAUCAAGCUGAAAAUCAAUUGCGUGGUCAUGCGUGGAUUGAAUGAAAGUGAAAUUCUGCCAUUUGUCGAACUUGGUCGAGAACAAGAUAUUGAAGUGCGAUUUAUUGAGUACAUGCCCUUUGACGGGAACAAGUGGUCAGAGAAGAAAAUGAUCAGCUUUGACGAAAUGCUUGCGCUUAUCCGACAAAAAUAUCCCGACGUACAAAAAGUCGAGGGCCACAAGAACGAUACCAGCAAGACCUACAAAGUCCCUGGCUUUGCCGGCCGCAUCGGGUUCAUCACUAGCAUGACUCACAAUUUUUGUGGUACCUGCAACAGACUUCGAAUCACAGGCGAUGGCAAUCUGAAGGUCUGCCUAUUUGGAAAUGCCGAAGUUUCUCUGCGCGACAUUCUUAGAGAAUCCAACAACGGAAAGCCUAUUGACGCCGAAGCCAUGGAAGCCAUCCGACAUCUCGAGAUGAGCCGACGGCAAGGCGUACCAGAUAGCACUGGUGAGUUAGGAGUCUCCGAAAAGGAAGCUAAACUACUCGACGUUAUCGGCAUGGCCGUCAAGCGAAAGAAGGAGAAGCAUGCCGGCAUGGGCGAGCUGGAAAACAUGAAAAACAGACCAAUGAUCCUCAUCGAUGACUCGCCUCCCAGAUCUUCCACACCAACCUUGCCACGGCUACAGUCAAUCUCCCGACCCAUGGUUCCUGUCGGAGGGAACCAGCUUUCCUUCAUUCCUCUGCACAUACUACCAACUUCAGCGCCACACACAUCCUGGUCACAACGGCGACACAUAUCCUUCUGCUCGGCGCCCGAUCCAGCUGUCACCCGUCGAGCUUAUAGUCAAUCGGCAGCGUCACAAGCUCGAUUAAGGCUCAACACAUACCGAUAUGUGCACACGCGGGAGGGUUUUCGAUACAUCCCAUCGGAAACGUCAGAGAACAUUCCUGGAUUUGCAACUAGCACUUGGGCCGACAGCAGAAAGCGCCUUGAGCAGCAGAGACGGCCUGCCAGGGAUAGAACCAUUGCUCUCGCCAGGUACUCCCAAUUUCUCACACGGCAAAUCACGCGAUGGCGGGUGGACCGCACAAGAAGGCCAGCUUCUGAAGGAAGUGUACGGCAGAGCUCCUCCUCGUCUUCUGACUCCUCCGAACCACCUCCAGCGCUCAACCACCUCAACUCUAGUGGUGAAGCGCACAUGGUUUCGAUUGCCGGUAAAGUGCCGACAACACGAUCUGCCACAGCAACGGCUGUGCUACUCUUUUCUAACAGUCAGACCUAUAAUGCAUUACUUGCAGCACGCCUCCGCAAGGGUGACGCUCUUUCUGUGGCUCGUAUAGCCGGGAUUCAGGCCGCCAAAAAGACGGCCGAUCUGAUCCCGCUUGCACACCCAGGCCUGAGCAUUACGGGAGUGUCUGUAAGGCUGGAGCCUUUUAUAAAUGGGAACUUACCCGUACCCUUCAACAAGUCAUCACUCGGUCUGAAUCAGAAAGCCAAGAUGUUUGGUGGCGUCGUCAUCACGGCCACCGUGCAGUGUGAGGGCAAAACGGGCGUGGAGAUGGAAGCCAUAACCAGCGCGUCCGUGGCCGGCCUUACCAUGUACGACAUGCUCAAAGGGGUCGACAAAGCCAUGGUACUGACGGCCACUCGUGUGGUCGCCAAGAGUGGCGGCAAGUCGGGAGACUGGGUGUGGGACGACAAGACCAAUGCCAUUGUGAAAGACCAGGACAAGGAGAAGUUGGAGGCUUUGGAACAACAGGAAAAGGACAUCAAAUUCAGAAAAGUCAAGGUCCGGAUGCGAGGGGCACAGACUGAGGUUGCUGAGGACGGCGAGGGACGGCUUCCUUCGGGACAGGAGGAUUCCGCCUCAGACUCGAAUUCGGUUAACGGCGAUUCCAGUGGGGAGCGCAAAGAGAUCGUGCCCGAGGGAAACCAGAACGCGGCUGGCGAGGCUCUAACGCCCCCAAGAAACAGUCCGCCAUCUCAGCAAGUCGCCAGAAGUGGUAGGGUUAGUGGUGAUGACUUCCUGGAUACCAGGAGACAGCGCCUGGGCCAAGUGAUAGGAAACCGAUUUCCACCUGCGGAUCGAAUAGAGGAGCCCGACCAAGGGACAGAGACCGUUCCAGCAGAGAAGGGUCAGGCAGUGGAGUGAAGAUUAAUAUAACAAAUCUUUGGAUCGCAAUCGCCUUUCCUAAGAGGUUCAAGUUAAUAGGAGGCUUGUGAUAUAGUGUAGAUAGUAUGCCUUUUGCUGCCAUCGACCCGUGAAUCGGUCCCGGAAGAAAUGCGCCGGAGUAAAGCC